AUGGCGGAGAUAAUUCAGGAACGCAUAGAAGAUCGACUCCCCGAAUUGGAACAGCUGGAGCGUAUUGGAUUGUUCAGUCAUGCGGAGAUUAAGGCUAUCAUUAAGAAGGCUUCAGAUCUGGAAUACAAAAUACAGCGAAGAGCUCUUUUUAAGGAAGACUUCAUCAAUUAUGUUCAAUAUGAAAUUAAUCUUUUGGAGUUGAUUCAGAGAAGAAGAACUCGCAUCGGGUAUUCAUUUAAGAAGGAUGAGAUUGAGAAUUCUAUCGUACACCGGGUACAAGGUGUCUUCCGGCGUGCUUCAGCAAAAUGGAAAGAUGAUGUUCAACUUUGGCUAUCCUAUAUAGUCUUUUGUAAGAAAUGGGCCACCAAAGCUCAACUUAGCAAGGUAUUUUCUGCCAUGUUGGCCAUUCAUUCAAACAAGCCAGCUUUGUGGAUUAUGGCAGCCAAAUGGGAAAUGGAAGAUCGCUUAUCUUCAGAAAGUGCAAGACAACUAUUUCUUCGAGCUCUGCGCUUUCAUCCAGAGUGCCCAAAACUUUAUCAAGAAUACUUUAGGAUGGAGUUGAUGCAUACUGAGAAACUGAGGAAGGAAAAGGAAGAAUUUGAAAAAGCCAAAAUGGAUGUGGGGAAUCUUGAUUAUCCUGAAGAAAUCCUUAAGGGCGAGUUGGCACGGAUUAUCUACAAAAAUUCUGUGAACAUAAUUAAAGGUGCAGAAUUUCACGUGUCACUGCUUACAAUUGCACAGCUAUUUGACUUUGCCAAAGAUCUGCAAAGAGAAAUUUAUGAUGACCUUCAGGCUCUACACACAGAUGACCCUCUCACUUGGGAUUAUGUAGCACGGCGAGAAUUAGAGAUAGAGUCACAGCCAGGAGGAGAGCAGCCUGCGACAAAACAAGCCAGAGCAGUGGAGGUGGGCCGGAAGGAGGAGAGGUGCUGUGCUGUGUAUGAAGAGGCGGUGAAGACUCUCCCUACAGAGGCGAUGUGGAAGUGUUACAUCACGUUCUGCUUGGAAAGAUUCACCAAGAAGACAAGCAGUCAGUUCCUCAGAGAGAAGAGGCUGGAAAGAACCAUGAUGGCGUUCAGGAAGGCACAUGAACUCAGACUUCUACCGGAAUUUCAGUACAAGCAGUGGAUUGAGUUGUUGCUGCAUCACAACUUCUUGAAGGAAGCUUUGGAGGUGGCAGUAGCCGGGACUGAAUCGUUCAGAGACUCUGUAACGAUGUGGCAGAUGAAGCUGCAGGUGCUGAUUGACUCCGAGAGCCCCGAUGUAGCUGUGCUUUUUGAAGAAGCUUUUGCACACCUGAAAGCCCAGAUUUGUCUACCAUUGUGGAUUUCUUGGGCAGAGUGGAGCGAAGGUGCCAAAAGCCAAGAAGACACUGAAGCCAUUUUUAAGAAAGCUCUCUCAGCUGUCAAAGGUGCCGACUCCGUCACUCUGAGGGAUAAGUACCUGGACUGGGCUUACCGAAGCGGUGGCUACAAAAAGGCCAGAGCUGUGUUUAAAAGUUUGCAGGAAAGCCGUCCAUUUUCAGUUGAUUUUUUCAGGAAAAUAAUCCAGUUUGAAAAGGAGCAAGAAUCCUGCAAGAUGGUGAACUUAAGAGAAUAUUAUGAGAGGGCUUUGAGAGAGUUCGGAUCUGUAGAUUCUGAUCUUUGGAUGGAUUACAUCAAAGAAGAACUGAACCACCCCCUUGGUAGACCUGAGAACUGCGGGCAGAUAUAUUGGCGAGCCAUGAAAAUGUUGCAGGGAGAGUCAGCAGAAGCAUUUGUAGCUAAACACGCUAUGCAUCAAGCCGGCCAUUUGUGACAAGAGGAAGAACGUAGCCCCCUUUGGGAAAUAGCAUUGUAAGCCCUCUUGGCCAGAUUUGUAUUAGGAGUUCAUCUGCAGUUUGUUGAGAGAUAGCAGACAAGAUGGCUGUCUGAUUUUGGGACAUGCUUUUUUAGUUUUGUUAGCGUGUUAAUUUUUAAUUCCAGAAAAGAGAAUUGCUAUUUAGUGGCAAGAAGCUACUUGUUAAGGUCUGACCUACUACUGUACGGUCCUACAUGUUUCUCAAAAUAUAUGGAAAUCAUACAACUGAGUUUUUCUUGUUACCCUUGGUCAAGAAUGAAUAGCUCUAAACUGUACCUAGAGGCCAGUAAUAAUGGAGGGGAAAGUACAGUUCCAUUUGUUUGUUCUCUCCUUAUUAAAAAAGUAUACAUGGGGCCCCUGGGCGGCUCAGUUGGUUAAGCGUCCGGCUUCGGCUCAGGUCACGGUCUCAGGG